AUGAAUUUUGCAUCUGGGAGAUUCCUCUUGGAACUUAAGUCAUGUGAUGAUUUGGUACAACUUGACGAUUUUAAGAAACUUGUCAAUAAUAUGAUAGAAGAGCAUCGUAGAGAAAAUAGUUCAUUAUUCUCUUCAAAUUCUUUUGACAUUUUUGAAAACAAAUUUAUUCAAAAAAACCUACUUGAUUCUUUUUAUUGUAUGACAAUUGAUCUUUUUUGUGAUCUUGAUCUAUGGCGUAAUGUUCUCGGGACAAAUUUUACACGAUUCAAAAUAUCAAAAUUUGGAUCAGUAAAUCUUAAAGAUAUAUCUGAAAUUAAUAAUUCAGUUAAAGAUUCAUUUGAAAAUUUUAAUCUCCAGAAUAUUAAUAAGUUGCAAAACCUCGAUAUUUCUAUUGAAUAUUUUCUAUCACUAAACUUAAAGUUAUCAGAAGGUGUUUAUAGCGAACAAAAAAAGGAUAAAGAAAUUGACGAAAAAGACUAUCAUCUCGCCUUUAGAGAAACUUCUUGGAAUAAAUUUAUUAUGCUAUAUUAUACUACAUGGGAAUAUCCAACAUAUUGCUCAUAUGAACACAAAAGUUUCUUUUUUAAUUUUGAUGAUUUGGAAGCUUCUAGUCAGUUAGUUAAUGGAAUUAUGUCAAAAAAGAAAUAUCGUAAAAAAGUUGAUAUUGCUAUUUCUUAUCGUGUAGAAAAUGUGAUAAAUAAUAGCGAUAGAGUUCACUAUGGAUAUUUUUAUCCUAUUUUGGGUGAAGCUAAGCUCCCAAACAUUAAUGGUGAUAAUGAUUAUAACAAACUCAGUCGAGCACUAAAUGACAAUUUUAAUACAAUAAUCAAUCAUUAUUCUAAGAAAGUAAAAGGAAUUUCAAAUAAUUUAUUAGAUUUAUUUAGUGAUAUCAAACUUGGCGGAAUUUAUAUAACAGAUAGUGCGAUCUAUCUUCUACAAUAUACGAGAUAUUUAAAUCAAAAAUUUGGUGUUUUGGCUGAUAUUAGUUCUUCCAAGAUUUCUUUAAAGUUUGAAGAUCAACAAGCUAGAUAUAUGAUAGAUUUUUUGUAUUGUAUUAUGGUGCAAGAUUUUAUUAAACAAAUUCAAAAAAUUGAGAAAGAAAUACAGAGAAUAAAUAAGUGCCAAAAUGAAGAAUUUGAUAGCAAGG